AGUGGGGAGGGGGUUUGCCCGACGGAGGUAGUUUUAUUUUUUUUUUCACUCAAUAGUCUCUGCAACCAUGCUUGAAACCACAGGUGGAGCUUAGGCUGAUGUUAAAGUGAAUAAUCAGUCAGAAACUACUAAAUGUGCAAUGGAAAGUGGUGACAGGAACACUGGGAUCCCAAUCAAUGGAUUGGACUUUCAGAGGCCGACCGUGCCAACCACAAGUGCAAUCACCAAUGCACACGCACAAGCCCUCCUCCAACAGCUGACCCUGACCCCCCAGCAGCAGCUGUUAAUUCACCAGGCCCAGGCUCAGCUCCUGGCUGCGGCUGUGCAGCAUUCAGCCAACCAGCAGAACGGCACCAGUGGGGCCAGUAUCUCAGCCUCUGCAGCCACACCCAUUACUCAGCUACCCCUCUCACAGCCCAUCCAGAUAUCUCCUCUGCAGCAGCAGAAUUUAAGUCUGCCCCAGUUUGUGCUGGUGCAGCCCGGCCACCCGAUCGCCACUCCGCUGCAGCCCGCUCAGUUCAUCAUCUCCCAGACACCGCAGGCCCAGCAGAGCAUAUUGCAAGCGCAGAGUCUUCUCACUCAACUACCUCAAAGCCAAGCUAACCCCCUGCCGACGCAACCGAGCAUCACUCUUGCAGCACAGCCUGCAACUCCUACACGUACCACGACAGCCACACCUAUUCAGUCGCUGCCCCACAGUCAGACGCCAACCAAACAGCUGGAUACGCCCACUUUGGAGGAGCCAAGUGAUCUGGAAGAGCUGGAGCAGUUUGCGAAAACAUUUAAACAGAGGCGAAUCAAACUCGGCUUUACACAGGGGGACGUUGGCCUGGCCAUGGGUAAGCUGUAUGGAAACGACUUCAGCCAAACAACUAUCUCUCGCUUUGAGGCCUUGAAUUUGAGUUUUAAGAACAUGUGCAAACUCAAGCCACUGCUGGAGAAGUGGCUAAAUGAUGCAGUUUGUGCAGAGAAUCUGACAUCUGACCAGGGGCUGUCCACCCCCAGUGCCCUCGGCUCCCCUGGCAUGGGCAUUGAGGGGAUCAACCGCAGACGGAAGAAAAGGACUAGUAUAGAAACCAACAUCCGCGUGGCCUUAGAAAAGAGCUUUCUGGAGCAGAACCAAAAACCUACCUCUGAAGAGAUUACCAUGAUCGCUGACCAGCUCAACAUGGAAAAGGAGGUGAUCCGGGUCUGGUUCUGCAAUCGCCGUCAGAAAGAGAAAAGGAUAAACCCCCCGAGCACAGGCGGCAUAGGCGGCACCCCCAUAAAAACCAUCUUUACACCCAGUAGCCCUUUGGUGGCCAGCACAGCAAGCUUGGUGAACAGUCCGACGAUAAACACACCCACCACUCUCACUAUAAAUCCAGUGAUGCCUCUCACCAGCACCAGUGUGUCCAGUUUAUCCUUCACAGGCACCACAGUUGGAGCCACAAACACUGCAUCUGUCAUCUCCACCACACCCGUGAUUACCACAGUAACCAGCUCGCCGUCUCUAAGUCCGUCCCCGACGGCUGUUCAGUCCAACACCACAGAGAAUAAAGUCAGUACUCAGGCGCAGGCCAUCGUCACCCAGGCCCCGACAUCCAUAGGCACCACCCUCGGAACGGGCCAGGUGAUGGUGGCUGCACCAGGUCUGUCCACAGCGUUUCAGGGGGCUGCCCAGUUGCCCACCAGCGCGAGCUUCGCGGCCAUGGCUGCUGCGGCAGGGCUGAAUCCAGGAUUAAUGGGCUCCUCCUCCUUUCCUCCAGGUGGGGCCGUGCUCAGUCUGACCCCCGGUGGCCUUGGCAGUGCCCUGACUCCUGCUGUCAUGAACAAUAGCAUGCUGGCCACAAUUCAAGCCCUGGCGUCAAGCGGCACAAUCCCAAUAACGGCACUGGAUGGAAGCAACCUGCUGUUCGCAAACGCAUCUGGCAGCAACGCACCCAACUUGGUGACCACACCGCUUUUCCUCAACCCCCAGAACCUGUCGCUACUCACCAGCAACCCCGUCAGCCUGGUGUCGGCUGGGGCGGGCGGGCUGCAGGUCACCACUGACGCCCAUCACCAGGUCUCCACGGCCGCUGUGCCUGUGCAAGCCACGACGAUUACCACUGCCUCCAAGGCGCAGUGAGUCCGGCUGCAUCCGGAAUGAACGCCCUGUUUCUUGAGCUGUGCACUGCUCUCCUCACACACGGCACAGGAAAUAGGCAAGGUCGUUUGAUUUAUGGUUCUGCGCUUCACUAACACACACACACAUAUAUCAGCUCCAUCGUAUCUGUUAUUAUUUAGUCUGGUCCCUUUUGCUUUCGCACGCCCAAAAAAAACCAACAACAAAAAAAAAAAACCCAACCACACAGGGUUGUGCUUGACCUUUUUGCUUCUGGGUUCUUCUCUCUUAAUCUUUAUGAUCUUUGGACACAGUAGCCAAAUGGGGACUGGCUUCUUGAACCAGGAAGACAAUUUUCCCUCGAUACUGUCAAGCUCCUCACAUUUUGUACAUACGUCCUUCUAUUUCAUGCAGUCUCACUUAACAUCUUUUCUGAACAACUUCUGAAAAAAAAAUGAUUUUGCUCUAAACUUAAUACUAACCUCAUAAUACAUGUUAUCAUUAACGGGGAUCAACUUUUACGUUUGUUGGAACAGGCCUUGAUAUGAAUCAUAUCACUUUUAUUUUCAUUGUUUUUUUUUUUAAUGUAUUUAAUGUUUUUUUUCCCAACUUUGCAAGUAUAGUAAGUUAAGAUUUAAAUAUCUCUUUUUUAAAAAUGGUGGUUGUAAGGCUUUAAAAACAAGUAAUAAGUGGCCGAUAUAAAGGUUAUCAUUGCUUUAAGAAGCGCAGGGACCUGUUUGGUCUCUAUGAGUUUCUCUUCCUGGAAACACUGACUUUUAACAGCCGCUGAGCUUGUUAAAAACGUUGCCGAUUGUAGACACUGAUGGAAAAUGACUGAAAACGUUCAACAGCUUUAAAAACACAUGGAGUGAAACAGUGGUUAAAGAUGGAGGGCAGACAUCUCCGUGUGUUGUGUAAAGCUCAGAGUGACACUGAGACUUAAGUAACCAAAUGAUCCACAAGGCUCAGUGGUUUGAACUAAGAUCACCUGUCAGGGGGUGUGGUCGUCACACUAAAUGUAGGGUGAUGUUGACUAAAUAGAUUUUUUUUCUAUCUUUUUCUUUAUAAUGGUAGUACCGUCAUAUCUACUUGUGCACAGUAUCUGUACCAAAAAAAAAAAAAAAAAAAACUGGAUUGAUGAGCAGUUGUGAGAGAAAUUACCUUUUCCCAUUUGUUUGCGGUCGUUCGAGUGGCUGCGUACUUUAAGAUAUACCAAAAAUAUUUGUUAACAUAACUGUAGUCGAUGUAGUUUAGUUGAUCUAUUUAUGACCAGAAUCUCUCUUCAUUUUGUCAGCGGAAUAUAAAAAUGCAAUAUUUUGAUCAUUUUCCAAAGAUUACCUUUUUUUAUUUGAAAGUCUUUCACAUAUAAUAAUUGGCAGCACAAUUGACCAAAAACCAAGGAAGGGCUGGGUUGGAGCAUGACAAACUCGUUUCUUAUUUUUAUUUCACUGGGCCUCGCCCAAACAUUUGCUCUCAGAGCCAUUUGAUGGCCCUGUUUUAACCGUUUUAGUAGCAUCUAUUGGGUGUCUGUGAAGCAGAAAAAAACUCAUUUUUUGCGGGGUUUGUACAAAUAAUACAGCCAUAAAACAACAGCUUGAACCAAAGUGGUUUUCCUUAAUAGCGGCUGUGCCUGUCUGAGCACUGCAGUUUCCGUUCACAAAUGUCAGCACCCACUUUUCUUGAUUUGGUGCAGUUGGAGAAGGACGGAUGGAAUGCCUGCUUUAACAGCCUGUCUCUCCGUGCUUUCUUAAUAGCUUUAUUAGCACAUUGUGUGAAGAGCAGGCUUUGUGGCUCAGGAGUCUGUAAGGCUCCACUAUGUCAACACUAGGGAUGGGCAUUGGAAUUGAUUAUGAAUUUGGAGAUGAAUCGCGUCUCAAAGUAAGUGACAUUGAAUGCACUACUGGUGGAUUCAUUCGCCACUAUCAUAACAUAAUAGGUUAAUUGAAGAAUUUGGUUUGUUUGGAAUUGGUGUUGAUUCAUAGUGUCCUGAAGCAAAUGGGGCAAAUUGGAGUCCACUACGUGGCUGCAACCAACAGAGGUGCCAUUGAUUCAGUUGAGUUUGCUCCUCAAACAUUCAAGACAAUAUUUGUCAUUUCUAUCAAAUAUAGUGUUUCAAAUAUUCUCCAUAAAUUGAUCAAGUACAGUAAAUUUUGCAAAGUGCUUAUCCCGAGACAUACAGUAAAGCAUGGUGAGCCACAAGGCUCUUAUCGAGGUCCACUCUUUCUUCACAUUUCAUCAUGUAAUUUAUUUAAAAAAAGCCAAAAUAACAACCAGUGAUAAAUCGUUCACGCUGAUUUUGUCAAAUGCCCAUCCGUAGUCAACAUAUACUGUAGAUCUGGUCAUCGCUACCAUUUGAACCAGCAUCUAAACAAUGCAGUGCCCCAAAGCUUUCUCAGAGCCUUGGCUCCAAUUAGUCACUGCAGCUUUUUGGCUGAGGACUGUUAUGUGCCACACAUUCAACUAAACCCCAAAACUAUAGCGUCACUGUUCUGCUGCUUCUGACUAACCAUAUAGCAGUGAUUAAGAAAUUACUGUGCAUGUCGCCAGCAAGAUAUCGUCUUGUACUUUUUUUUCUGUCAACUAAUUUUGACUGAAUAUACCUCAGCAGCACUUAAACAUAAGGUUCACAUUUUUUGAAAUUUCGUAAUACAGUGUGGAAUGUAUAAGUAACGCUUGGCUCACCAUUCACAAGUUAUACUGCUACAUAGGAACCGUACAUGAUAGGACAACUACUGCUUUUUCUCGUACUACUAUUUAAUUUUUCUCUUCUGCGGAUUCAUGGUGAUUGACGAAGAGAUCAUUCUUGCCAAAGUAAUAGCCUUUCUCUUUGCAGCUCGGCCGGCUUAUGGCUGCUCGUGUCUUUGAGGCCGCCACGCACCGAUGGAGGCCAGUUCUAUUCCGCUGCCGUUUGUAGUUACGCGACAUCCGAACGCAUUUGCGAGACGAACCGGACACCAUCGGUGCUAUAGGAUGUUACUGAUAUAUUUAUCUGAGGAAAGACCUAAGAAUCUGAGAAAUGUUCUUUUCUUAAUUCUAUACAUAGAUAUAUAGAUAUAUAGAUAUAUAUAUAUAUACACACACACACAAACGUGUAAGAUAUCAUAUUUUAUAUAUGAUCCUGUAUGUUACUCAGACUGAAUGUAGUGUUUAUGACCCCCAAAUCUUCCUUAAUUUUAUUUUCUUUUUUUUAAAGCGGUUAAGACCAAAAAAAGAAGAAAAAAAAAACACUGCGGUCGGUGCGCCAGUCAAAGGCAUGACAAUGUCUAUUCGCUAGGGGGAAGCGCUUUGACGCUCAGGUCGUCUGGCUGGUAGAGCGGAGACUCUGAAGUAUGUUUAUUUUUAAAUUUAUAUGUUCAUUUUUUUUAGUUGAGUCAUUUUGGACUUGAUUUGCUGUGCUGUUUUAAACAAUCAUUUUUAAAUUUUUUUUUUUUUUAUGCCUUCAACUGAUUUGUAUAGUGUAAGAGGGCACGAUCACUGGCUUUCUUAGUUUGACAAAGACGAUAAAUGUUAUCAUUUAUGCCUUAUUGUAAUGUAGAUGACAUGAUUGCAUUGUAACGUCUGUCUGUGUGUCUGUCUGUCUGUUCAAGCUUAGUGUCGCUAGGUGCAUUGUCACUGACACAAUACGGUGUACUUUAGGCAUUUUGAGUGUGAAAUGCUCACUUUGCUACCUGUGUAUUUUAGGUGUGACUCAAGCAAUGCCUGUAAGAAAAGCUUUACUAAUAAUUCCAGCAGGUAGGCGUCCGGAUGUGAAUGAAUGAGCAUUGUAGAGUAUUGAAACGCAGUCUGCAAACCAUUGUGCGUUUUUUUUUUUUCCCCAUCAUUGACUUUGGAGAUGGGAUGGGCAUAAUCAUUGAUUAAUCUUAAAAUUAAUUAGAAUUUGGUUGAUUCUUUUGAUUGUAGAUUGCUAUUUUGUACCAUGUCGUGAAGCAAUUGUGAAAAAAAUAAGGUACACUUAUUUGUUUCAACCAGCAGAUUUGCCGUUCCUUCUGUCUACUUUGGAGUGCAGGUUUUCGCUUUCCUUUGAAAUAUAACGUAUUUUCCUGACCUUCAGGCGCUGUUUUUCCCUACUCUUUCCACACUGCGGCUGAUAAUUUGAGGUGAUUUAUUUAUGGAUUUUUACUGACAAGCUUCAAGCCGCCAAUAGAUUUACACAUAGUUUCGACACAUCUGACCAAUGAAACUAUCAAACACAUCACAGUGGACCAAUGAAACUGUCCGAGUCUGCCUUUAUACUAAAUAUUCAUCAGCCAAUUGCGGUUAGAGUGCACAUUCGAGAGGGCUAGUAGGUGAUAGGAGUGGAUUAUCACCCCCCACUCCCACAGAAAAAAAAAUCCCAUCCUAUAGUAACCCUGUCCCAUUCUGGUGAAAACGACUCUUGUCCUGCUCCCAUACAAAAUGACUCCCAUACCACUCCCAAUUUGUAGGUCAAGUGCGUGAAAAAAACAAACAACCAAAGUUGCAAUUUACUCAUUCAUUGAACAGUUUGUCACCCCUUUCUCCUCAUUGAGUCUCAGAGGAUUUUUUCCCCCACUGAAUAAUCCUGUUCCCAUGAAUUUGUUUUUUAUCCUAUACCGUCCCAAUCCUAUGAUAAAAGGUCAAGUUGACUCCCAUCCCGUGAGAUUCCUGAAAAAGUGUGUGUGUGUUUGUGUGCGCGCGUGCGCGUUAGUUCGUGUGUGUGUGUUUUAACAGAUUCAAAUUUUGUGAACUGCUCAUCGCUUUUCUUUUACAGCGCCUCAAGGUUCUAAUGUAGGGCCACUAUUUCUUUCAUCCUUAAUAGUGUUUGAAAAACAUUCUUUCAAUUAAGUGUAUUUUUCUAUGUUCGAUCAAUGAAAUUUGGACAAAUGCCCAUCCCUAUUUUCACUUGUUGGUGACAAACGCUGUUUCAUGGUUUCAGACCUGCGAUAAUUUGUCAACUGGCUUUGCUUCGCUUCAUUUUGAUCAAGUUGCAGAUCCCGGUGGAUUGGUACGUUAAGUCGACCCACCGCGCUUUUUUUCUUUUUUUUCGUAACGUUGACAGAUGAAGCGUGGAUGCACCAGUAUACCUCAUUUCUAACUCAAAACUGAGUGAAACCUGCUUUAACCUACUUAAUAAGAAAAUAUUUGAAAACAUAUGAACGUGUCCUCGGAGAAGCCCGCUCAUUCUUGAUGUGAUGCGUCCUCCACGAGGGGUACACACCAGUACUCACGAAUGUUUUGUUUUCUUUAACAAUGUCUCUCGCACACUUUACCUGGAUUACUCGUCCUUUUUAAUUUGACAAUCCUGCUUAUUUUCUGACUGUAACCUGGUGUGGAUGCUUUAUCACCCCUUCCCUUUCCUCCCAUCAGCUUUGCAAGGUGGCGCCAUCCCGUGGUAACAACAUUAACCAAAGACUAAUAACUGAUUGUACAUGAAUGCGGCCCACCCUCUUGCCUCACUGCUCCUCAUCGAGCAGCUCACCCACACGUGUUUGGGGUGCAUUAGCUUUGACUGCAUGCGAAUGUUUUCGCCACGGUCGGUGCUGCAGUUUUCAGUGCCUGUGGGUGGGCAGGGGUACCCAGAGAGGCUCGGGAUUGGGGUGGUUGAGAGGGCUUCUUUGAUGGACACUUGUUUGUGGUAGCUGGGUGAUGUUUGUUAAUACACACUGAGGGUUAAUCCUGUGCACUCUGUACAUGCUCAGGAUUCCUUGUGUGUCUGACCGUCUAUCUGUCUGUUUGGAGCGCUGUUGCUCGAUUCCACAUUUCGCUCUCUGUCUUUCCCUCUCAAGGACUUUGGUUAAAAAAAAAUAAGUGUCCAUCCCAGGACAUACAACCCUUGAGUGACACAUCCCAAACCCACUCAAUUUCACUGCUGUAAACGCAUCACACUGUGUCCUCCCUUCCGUACCUUUCCUCCUUCACUCAUUCACUACAGACUGAUCAACUGUGACACUAUGCAUCCCCCGGUGGGGUAUUCAGUGACACUUUGCUCAAUGCUUUACUCCCAAGUGAGACAUCGGGAACCCUCACAAGCGCUAUAGAUCCCAAAGCAAAACUCCAAAUAUUUUAAACUUUUGUGUGUGUAUGGGCGAAACACGGAUACCAAAGAUAUCUCUUGUCAACUGUCUCUUUCUUCCUAACCGCCCUGCAGCAUGUGUAUUAAGAGACAAACCCAGCACUGGCUUUGAGUCCAAGCCUCAGUAAUUCCAAAGCUCAGAUGUAUAUUUUGAUAUAUUUCUGUCAAGAAAAAAAAAAUCAAGUGUGUGGAAUAAUAGUCCGUUUCUUGUUUGUUGUCAUUUCUCUCUCUCUCUCUCUCGCUCUCGCUCUCGCUCUCUCUCUGUCUCUCGGUCUCUGUUGCAGCAUGGAACUAAUUGCAGAACUGUCUUACUAGGUUGAAGACAUUGUAUUUUUGUAUGUUUUUGGGCGUGUUGUGCGAUAUCAGCCAAAAUGACCAGGGCUUUUAUCGAGAGAUAAAAUAUGAUGAAAAACGAUUACAAAAAAUCCAACAUGUACAUAUUCUUUCUGUCUAUCUUCAGAAAGCCAUUGUGUUAAACUACUCACAGUGGACACUUUCCCCUCGCCUUUUUUUCUUACUUUUUUUCCUCUGCGGUCUAAUCUUUUUAACAGAACUCUUAACUUAAAGAGUUACCAUCUUGGACUAAAAACACUGAGGGACACUGUUCCCAAAAAAAUACAUGGAAAUACAAACAAAAAGGAAAAAAGACAAAAAAAACAAACAAAAAAAAAAACGCCUCCAGCAAUGGUGGCAUAAAACUGAAAGACUGUGUAGGAGUUUCAAGUAUGUGAAUCAGGAUGCAUAGUAGUUUUUGAUGGGUUUGUCUGCUGUAUUUUUUUUUUUUACACAUAUACAAAUCUUUUACUGUAAGUGUACAGUUCUCUUUUGUUGUAAACAUCAUUAAACCAUUUUCAAGUGUUUUGA